AUGACGAUUGGAGUAGCUAUCCUAGGAGGAGGCAUCUUCGCCCGCGAAGAACACAAACCGGCUGUGGAAGCGUCCAAGCACUUGACCUUGAAGGCCGUUUACUCCCGCUCACUGAAAUCCGCCAAAACCUUGGAAGUCGACGAGUCACAGGUUGAUCUCUAUUCUGAUGACUCCGGUGCUGGAAAGUCACUGGACGACCUCCUGGCUCGAACGGAUAUUCAAGCUGUUAUAAUUGCCUUGCCCAUCAAGAACCAGCCAGAGUAUGUUCGCAAAGUGCUCUCUGUGGGAAAACAUGUUCUCUCGGAGAAGCCGGUCGCCGAGAACGUCAAGCAGGCCGCUGAGUUGAUCAAGUGGUAUCACUCGGAAAUAGAGCCGAAGGGGGUAACGUGGGGUGUCGCUGAGAAUGUCAGAUACACCAAUACGUCUGUUCAUGCGGCCGAGGCUGUGAAGGGCAAAGGGAGGCAGUUGACUUUCCGAUUGCGAAUGCAAACGCUUGUUGAUGGGGGCAAAUAUUUUGAGACCGACUGGCGGAAAGUUCCUACUCACCAGGGCGGAUUUCUCCUAGACGGAGGCGUACAUUUCACCGCAGGGAUCAGAAUGAUGUUGGGCAAGGAUAAUCCGCUCGUAUCGUUGUCGGCGCAUUCCGCCCAGCUCCAGAAGCACCUGCCUCCCGUCGACACCGUGGAAGGGACAGCAAAGAGCAAGCAAGGCACAGUCGGAACUAUUUCAAUAUCGUUCGGCACGACUCACAAGGGAAGCGAAUGGGCUGUCGGCUGUGAGGAUGGAUUCGUGAGCGUCACGGGCAAUAAGGUCACGGUUGACGGUAAGACCGAGGAAAUCCAGGACGAGGGAACCGGUGUUCCGCAUGAGGUGAGGGCAUGGGGAGAAGCGCUGGCGGCUGGAAAGGUUAAUGAGCGACAGUCUCCUGAGGAGGCGCUGGCGGAUUUGGAGCUGAUCGAGGCAAUGCUCAGAAGCGGUGAGCAGGGAGGUGUCCCGAUCAAGCUGGAGCACCAGGAAUGGUAG